CACUGUUAGCCAACAAAACACUACAAAACUAUUUGGCAAAACAAUACCGAAACCGAACGAUACAAAUCCGAUAACAAUGGAUAACGAAUCGCUUUCACAACCAUUAAAUAAUUUAAGUCCGACCAAUAAUAGUCAACAGCAAACAGCAAACAAUACGACAUCGACUUCAAGUGGCAUAAGUGGCAAUUCGUAUAGGAAUAAUGAAGUCCGAUCCGUAAUGCUCUACGGAAUACCUAUUAUUGCUUUAGUUAUGGAUUCUCAAGAAAGACUAUGUUUGGCGCAAAUAUCCAACACUUUAUUAAAGAGCUUUAGCUAUAAUGAGAUCCACAACAGACGGGUGGCGUUGGGAAUAACGUGCGUUCAGUGCACUCCCGUUCAGUUAGAACUGCUGCGAAGGGCCGGUGCGAUGCCGGUGUCCUCCCGGAGAUGCGGAAUGAUUACCAAACGAGAGGCCGAGAGGUUAUGUAAAUCAUUUCUGGCAGAGACGGCACCGCCUAAACUGCCCGACACCUUCUCCUUCGACGUCUAUCAUCAGUGCGCGUGG